CGCCCGUCCACGGCUUGCGCGGCCCACCAAUGGCAGCGGCGCUGGGCUGGAGGGUGCCCACAUCCAAGAUGGCGCCCCCGGGAGCUGGGAGCGGGUGACCGGCGGUGGGGAAGCGGCCUGGGUCGGCCCUCGGAUUGAGGGGUCCUGGGGGCAUCUCGCCGGGCACCCCGCCCUGGCCCGCCUGCGAGGCCUUCCCUGGGCCAAAGCAAUGGCCGCCGAGAACAGCAAGCAGUUUUGGAAGAGGAGCGCUAAGCUGCCGGGAAGCAUCCAGCCUGUGUAUGGAGCACAGCACCCGCCUCUGGACCCUCGGCUCACCAAAAAUUUCAUUAAAGAACGGUCAAAAGUCAACACGAUUCCUCUGAAGAAUAAGAAGGCCUCCAGUUUUCAUGAGUUUGCCCGCAAUACCAGUGAUGCUUGGGACAUUGGUGAUGAUGAGGAAGAGGACUUUUCCUCACCUUCUUUCCAAACUCUGAACUCAAAAGUUGCUUUGGCAACUGCAGCUCAAGUUCUAGAAAACCACAGCAAGCUGAGGGUAAAACCGGAACGGUCCCAGUCAACGACAUCCGAUGUUCCUGCCAACUACAAGGUCAUAAAGUCCAGCAGUGAUGCCCAGCUCUCCAGAAACUCCAGUGAUUCGUGCCUGAGGAACCCGCUCCACAAACAGCAGUCGCUCCCUCUCCGGCCCAUCAUCCCCCUCGUUGCCCGGAUCUCAGACCAGAACGCUUCUGGGGCUCCCCCGAUGACCGUCCGGGAGAAAACCCGCCUAGAAAAAUUCCGUCAGCUUCUCUCCAGCCACAACACUGACUUAGAUGAACUGAGGAAGUGUAGCUGGCCAGGGGUUCCCAGGGAGGUUCGACCUGUAACCUGGAGACUCCUGUCGGGCUAUCUCCCAGCAAACACUGAGAGGAGGAAGUUGACCCUGCAGCGGAAGAGGGAGGAAUAUUUUGGCUUCAUUGAACAGUAUUAUGACUCUCGAAAUGAGGAACAUCACCAGGAUACCUACAGACAGAUUCACAUUGACAUUCCGAGGACGAAUCCUCUCAUUCCGUUGUUCCAGCAACCGCUUGUACAGGAGAUCUUUGAAAGAAUUCUAUUCAUUUGGGCCAUCCGACACCCUGCCAGUGGGUAUGUCCAGGGAAUUAAUGACCUGGUCACUCCAUUCUUUGUCGUCUUCCUCUCAGAAUAUGUGGAAGAGGAUGUGGAGAACUUCGAUGUGACCAACUUGUCUCAGGACAUGCUGCGAAGCAUUGAGGCCGACAGCUUUUGGUGCAUGAGCAAGCUGCUGGAUGGGAUCCAGGAUAACUACACCUUUGCACAACCAGGGAUCCAGAAGAAGGUCAAGGCACUGGAAGAGCUUGUCAGCCGGAUCGAUGCUCCCUUCCUAGCCGUGGCCCUUUCCAGCGCACUCAGUGCCGUUGGCAGCACCAGCACCCUUCCACGUCACGUCUCAGCGGGAAGGUGAGGUGGGAACUCUGCUGCGAUCUCAAGUUCUUCUUUCCCCCUAGUUUCCUAUCUGCAAGUUCUAUCACUUCUCUCAGUCUCUCUCCUCAGGUCACUCCUUCUCCAUUUCUCUAGCCACAGCUUUAGUACAGCCAUUCCUAGAUUUCUGCAGCUUCCUUCUAGAAGGGCUUGCCUCGUCCAUAUUCUUCCCUCUUCCAAACUAUGUCAUGCAGCUGCAUCUUUCUAAAGCUCUGCUCUGGUCAGGCCCCUCCCCUGCUCUGACGCCUCCUGCUGCUCUCCAUUGCUUAGCCUCCGGCUUGUCUUAGAGCUCCUGGGCCGGACCCCGGGUCCUCCAGUCUGCCCGACAGCCCCGCAGGACUUUCUUUCUGUCUCUCCCUGUGACCUGUGUGGGCUGGGGAGACUGAGAUGUGGCUGUUCCUGAAGCAGAUGUUGUUGAGGAACAGGAGCCUUACAGGAAUUCUUUGGCUUUGGCCUGGAAUCAUGGAAUGUGAGAACUCAAAGGCAACUUGGGAAGCUCUACUGCUGACUGAGGGAAAAACCGAGGCCCGGGCAGAGAAGUCGGAAUUAAGUCUCACGUGGGAUACAUAGAACCUGACAGUGAGGUCGUCUCACGUGGGAUCUCUAGCAGCCGUUCAGCGGUGGCAGCUGCCUUAGGACUCUACCUGGUACCACACCAACUGACCAGUGUCGUGUCCUGGUUUUCCUACUCACGGGUUUUCUACUCCACCCAAGCAAAGCCUUCAUCCCCCACCCCCACCCCCACACAGCAGUUGUAUAGCUUUCUCUCUGCUAAAACCUUCCUUGGUUUGUUCCACUCACUCCGGCAUCCUUUGUGACUUAGAAUUUCAAUCUUCCAAUCUCAUUGGUCCAUUCACAGCUGUUUCAUACAAGUCACAUGUGGGAUGCUUUUUCUCUGUGUCUUGUUGCCCUGGCCCAGCUGUUACCCCCACGGUGCAGGCUGCUGGCAUCCCUCACCGGGAGCCUCGUGCGGGCGCGCUGCCCUCUCCUGGGCUAAGCUGGCGCCGGAGGCUGGGCGUUAGUCAGGUUCCAGAGGGCAGAGGCUGUGGUUUCUGCCACUGUCUGUCCUAUCGUCAUUUCUUCUGCCCUUAAAAAUACCAGAUAAAUACCAGAUAAAUAAAGGUUUAGUACUUUAGGAUAGUAGAUUUUUUUUAAAUAUGUAUAUUUUUAUUGUUUCUUUGCCAACUCAGAAAAACAUGAAAUUAAAAGUAGAAAUCCUCCCCAUUCCUUAGAUUCUUCUCCCCAGAAAUAACCAUUGUUUAUAGUUCUUCUUUCAAGAACUGUAUUAAAUAUUUACCACAUGCCAGGUGUCACUGUAAGCAGUUUAUUUGUAUUUUCUCAUUUUAUCUUCCCGAAAACCCUCUGAGGCGUGAAUGAUUAUCCUCAUUUUAUGGAUUAGGAAGCUGAGGAGGACAGUGAUUUAAAAAAACAAUCCUUUUAAGCAUUAUCUGAAGGGCUGUCACGGAGAGCAGGCAUCAGGUGUGUUCGGGGGGCCCAGAACACCACAGGGACACCAGAGGGCGGUGUGGGAGGUGGCCGCUUUCUGUGGACUAUGAAGAAGCGCUGUCUGGUGCGUCGGCUCACACAGCAGUGGAGGAGGCCGCCGUGAGCCGCGUCGGGGACCCCUCUCACUGGCAGUGGUUAAGUCCCUGCUGGCUGGCCAUCUGUCGGGGACGCUGAAGAGGAACUCCUCACUGGAAGGGGGAUGGCCAAGGUGACCACCGAGGUUCUUUUCCAUCCCGGCUCCUUCUCCGAUGAGUAAUGAGGUCAAACAGCCAAGCGAACCUUAUGCCUCCUGCUCUGCGGCAGGGCAGCCCUGCGAGGGAGGAGGGGCACCUGGCACUGCCGGGUGUUGAAAUAGUACGAGCGGGCUGAGCUAGCCAUGUGGUGUUGCUGUGACCUGCUGGAGUCGGACAGGGGCCUGUCUGCCCUGGCUUCCCAGUGGGGGAGGGGAUGAUAAGAAGUGGAAUCUGCCCUUCUGGUUCCUGUGACCCUUUCAGAGUGCGAUCCUCUAGCUUGUGCCCUGGGGCCAAUGACGCUUCCUGUUUCAGAGCAGGUACAUAAUCACUUCAGGAGGUACGAGGUCGAAUACCUGCAGUUUGCCUUUCGUUGGAUGAACAACCUGCUUAUGCGGGAGCUUCCUC